AUGGUGGUCACGGUGGUUAUGGUGGUCACAGUGGUCACAGUGGUUAUGGGAGUCACGGUGGUUAUGGUGGUCACGGUGGUCACAGUGGUUAUGGGAGUCACGGUGGUUAUGGGGGUCACGGUGGUUAAGGUGGUCACGGUGGGCACGAUGGUAAUGGUGGUCACGGUGGUUAUGGGAGUCACGGUGGUUAUGGGGGUCACGGUGGUUAAGGUGGUCACGGUGGGCACGAUGGUAAUGGUGGUCACGGUGGUUAUGGGAGUCACGGUGGUUAUGGUGGUCACAGUGGUUAUGGGAGUCACGGUGGUUAUGGUGGUCACGGGGGUCACAGUGGUUAUAGGAGUCACGGUGGUUAUGGUGGUCACGGUGGUCACAGUGGUUAUGGGAGUCACGGUGGUUAUGGUGGUCACGGGGGUCACGGUGGUUAUUGUGGUCACAGCGGUUAUGGGAGUCAUGGUGGUCCUGGGAGCUUCAUGGUGGUCCGGGGUCUGGGGGUUGUGUGACCACCAUCUGAUCCUCCUCGGCGUCCUGAUCGCGGCCCUCGGAGCCUCCGUCACUCUCAAUAUUUACUGCACUUUCAGCCAUUGUUCAGGGAAAAGAACCAGAAGAGGUUGGAAAAGAAGGAGAACGCAGAUGGAGGAGAACCCCAUCUAUGGAAACAUGGACGAUGCACAAACUGGCUCCAGCACAGAGAUGUCUUUCACUGCGUCUGGGAGAAGAGAUCCGAGAAGAAUAACGGCCAUUUCUCAGGACUGCUAUGCCAACCUCAGCCUCCAGAGGGCGCUGUAUGGCUCUGUGCCUGGCUCUCCUCUCAGGCCCGUGGAUCCAGAUAAAGAGCCUGAAGAGCCGCAGUUUCAGGUGUCGGAUCUGUACGCUUCAGUCCAAACCCGAGCCAAGACACUGCAGAGGCCGCACAGUUCCGACCAGUACCAAAACCACCUGUGA